AUGACAAUACACACCACUCGAACUCACACAGCCAAAAUACAGAUGGCAUGUCUGGCCAAGAUGGAGAAAGUGAUAGUAACAAUGCAAGACCCGGACAUAGGCAUUAAGAUGAAAUACCAAAAACUUCUCAUUACUGCUAUCCCCCACGCAGUGACUGGCAACGAUAUUGUUGAAUGGCUUCUUCAAAAUUUUUCUAUAUCUGAAGAAGAAUCUCUUCAUCUUGGUGACUUAAUAGUAAAGUAUGGCUACAUUUACCCACUGAAGGAUCCAAAGAAUUUAGUUCUCCGGGCAGAUGAUUCUCCUUAUCGUUUUCAGACCCCUUACUUCUGGACUUCAUAUAAAUGGCCUGCGAGAGAGCUUGAUUAUGCCAUUUAUUUGGCAAAGAAGAACAUAACGAGGCAGGGAGGCUUGCUUGACUACGAAAAGGACAGUUACAAUCUACUGCACAAGAGGAUCAAUCAUACUUGGGAUUUUGUGGUAAUGCAAGCCAGAGAACAGCUCAGGGCAGCUAAGCAACGGAGAAAGUCAGACCGUAUUGUACUGGAUUGCCAGGAGCAGGCCUAUUGGUUUGUCAACAGACCUCCACCUGGAGCUCUAAGUAUCAUGGAAUCUGCCCCCAAAAGAAAUAACAUCCACAGAACAAAGGUCAAAUUGAAAGAAAAGAAUAGUGCAUUCUACAAAAGAGAGAUUGAAUAUUACAAAAAAGCAUUGACUAGAUCAAGAGUCAAAUCGUCACUGACCUUGGAAGGGUUUGUGAAGCAUUGUGAGCAAUAUCUUCCGCAUGAUCCUAUCAUGUCUGGCUGUCUUCCCAGCAACCCUUGGGUUACAAGUGGCACUUUGUACUGGACAAUGAAUGCUGAUUUAGUGACUAUUCCAACAAGGUUACGUGUAGAACGCUGGGCAUUCAAUUUUGGUGAAUUGCUCCAUGAUCCCUUUGGUCGGCAAGAAUUAAGAUACUUUCUGGAAAGAGAGUUCAGUGCGGAGAAUCUUAGUUUCUGGGAAGCUUGUGAAGAUGUUCAAUAUGGAGAACAGUCAAAAGUUGAAGAGAAAGUAGAGGCCAUCUUUGAACAGUUUCUGGCAGCAGGAGCCAGCAAAUGGGUGAAUAUCGACAGUAAAACAAUGGAAAAGACCCUCGAUGGAUUACAAAUUCCUCAUCGCUAUGUCUUUGAAGAUGCACAAAUGCAUAUUUAUAUGCUAAUGAAAAAGGACUCGUAUCCACGUUACUUAAAGUCAGAUAUGUACAAGAAUAUUUUAGCAAGAUCCAUUGUUCCUCAGGAACCCAAGAAAAGUAUGGUUCCAUUCAUGAGGUGGCAUCGUCAUUCCAACCCAAGCUCUGUACAGAUGUUAUACUCAAAGGACAAUGACGGAAAAGGAAAAGAUGCAACGGUUUCACAGGUUCAAAACUAA